AUGUUUAACACUUUUGCUAGUUUCAAUGUCAUCAACAUGCAAGUUGAGACGAGAAAAGUUGACAAGAAUAUUAAAGGCAAAAGUGCUUUAGAUUAUGAUGAUGUUAAUCGAUUAUCUAUCCUCUGCUAUUCGGAGGAAGCCCCUGAUGGGACUGAUUACCGUAGAACUUUCCGAUUAAUUUAUAUUCGUUCACAUGGUGUUUUUUGA